UGAUGAUCACCACCAGCAUGACCACGAAGAAGGUGGUCCUGCUGGGGUGAGCAGGAGCGGUGACGGGCUGUGUGUUCCCAGGGGUCCUUGGGCAGCACAUGAGGGCUCAGCCAUUGAAGUUCCGGCUCAAAUACUAUGGACAGCAGCCCCUACGUCCAACGCCAGGCACUUCACACUCUGCCCCUGCUGAGAGCUGCAGUGGCAAAUGGCUCCUCCAGAUCCAGGCUGCAGGAACUGCAGAGCCAACUCCGCCAGGCGUGGAGGAGGCGGCGGCCUUCUCUCUGGGGCAAUGGCUGGCUGUGCUGCUGGGGCUCCGCGCAGGACUGAUCCCAGCACCGCCAUGUGCUCUUCCUUCAUUAAACAGUUUAUGGAGUGUCUGAACCUGCAGAUCUCGAGUUACUGCUCUUCUGCCCUUCUGUCUCCAGCCAGUGGGUCUUGCUUUGGUCCCCAGUGUCCCCAUGGCACGGAAGAAGAAUAUAAAAAUGGUAUUUGUGCUCAGCAACAGUCGCCCAGGCACGCAGUGUGGUAGGAAAAGUGACCAGAAAUCACUUUGCACUUGGUUUUUCUGGUGAAGCCUUUAAUGCUUCCAACAAGAGCAGAACCCAGAGCUGUGAGGAUCCCUGAAGAACUUGUCCUUGGAGAUGUCCACAAACGUUCUCCCCACCGUGACCUGCCAUUUUUGCCUCUUUAGCCGGCUCCUGUGGAGCUCCUUUGGUGCUGCGUCACUGUGGGGUGGGUUUGCUGGGCUGGGGGAGCCCCAGGUCACACGCCUGUGGCACCGUGUCACAGGGCCCUUUGUGACCCGGCAUGAUAAGGGUGCUGGUGGCACAGCAACCACGUCACUGUGCCCGGAGGACACGACGGGACAGGACAGGAGCGAGAGGAGCUGCCAGGAGCCCCUGUGCAGAGACCUUGUUCCCUGUUGAUCAGUGUCUACCGUAUACGACGCUUUUCCUACACAUCUCGCAUCCCUGCAGCAGGAGCCCUUGAGGCCAGACAGCAGCAGGAUGGCGUGGAGACCCCCAUUCAUACCCAGGGUGGUCUGGCUGAGUGAUAAGAGUGAGGACGAGGAGGAGAAGGGCGCUGAGGCUGCCCCAGCAUCGCAGCAUGAGGAGGUGCAGGAGCACCAGCUGCUGCAGGCAGGUCAGUGGCCGGGCUGGGCCUCAGGGCGAGUGGCUGCAGCCGGCUGGGACCAUCCCCGUGGACAUCCCCAAGGAAAGAGGGGACGAGGGGACAGGGCUGUUCCCCACGCUGGGCUCUGGCCAUGCUCCAUCCACGGGCACUCCCAGCCCCAUCCUGAGGCCAGAGAGACGGGGGUCAGUGUCCCCACCAGCCCCUGUCACGGGGCUUGGCUGUGUUCUCCAGCCUCUCCCGCAGCCCCUCAGCUCUGCCCACACUUGGUCUUUGCCAGAUCCCAACUGGGAGCUGCCAGAAGAGGAGAAGAAGCAGGAAUACACCCACGUCCUGCACAACCCCAGAGCAAAGGUGUAUUGGGAAUCCUUCGAGCCUAAAGACCGUGAAGGCUCCACCGUCGUGGUCGCGGAGGCCAUGACAAAAGCACUCACCUACGACGCGGAGGCUGGUGCUGCUCUGCUGGAUAUGCUUGUGGAAAGCGAGGUCUCCACUUUGAAGCAGGUGCCCAGGAUUGUGCGGUGCAUCCACCGGUGGUUCAUGACCAACACGGAGGAGUCAGUUGAGCACAGCCUGGACAACACCCUUGUGGAGCUCACCGACGCGCACCCCCAUGAUGUGGUGGUGGCCCUGCUGCGCUGUGCCCCAUCGUGCGACCGAGCCGCUGCAGCCAUGUGGAGGAUGAUGGUCACCACCAGCAUGACCACAAAGAAGGUGUUCCGGGAGCUGCUCUGCGUGCUGGAGGACUGGCCGCUGCACAGCACGUCCACCUGUGACGGGGACCAACAGGACGUCCUUGCCCUGGCUGCAACCAGGGCUCUGUGGGAGAUCCUCCGGAUGCCCAGGUGCCCAAGAGGGCUGAAGGUGCAUUUCCCUCGCCUCCUCCUGGCUCUGCUCUUCCAAGUUGUGUACAGCACAGAGCAGAUGCCAGACGAGGUGGAUACUUUCUGGAGGGAAUGCCAGGAGGAAGGCGGCCUUCCCACCAGCCCCAGCAGGUUUAUAGUGCUGACUGUGAAAGCACUGCUCUGCCGUCUGGGCUAUAGGCUUGUAGCCUCUGAAGUGGAACGUAAGCGUGGCUGGGACACGCUCCUCCACGCUGAGACCCACCACUGCGCAAUGGGGCUGCUGGCCAGAGAGACCCAUGGUGUCUCAAGACACUUCAGUGCCUCUGUGGCGUCCUACCUGGUCGAGCUGCUCAGCAAGAAAGAGCCCCGCUGUGAGCUCCCUGCCAUGGCGUUCCUUGUGGAGAUCCUGGGCUCCCCUGGCCCAAACGUAAGAGCUGAGAGCUUCCUGCAGCUGGUCCCAAGAUACCUGCAGAGCAACUGCAGCAUAAUGCGUUCGCUGGUGCUCAAAGGCCUCACCGUGAUCUGCGACACACCGUGGAUGGUCCCAAAAAUGCGGUUCCUGGUGCAAAGACUCACGGAUCUACUGCAAGACACAGACAUGGAUAUGGUCAGGAUGACCCUGUCUGUGCUCAGCAAAGUGAUCCAGGGCCCAGGCUUCCGAAUUUCCACCCCCAUCGCACUGCAGCUGGCUCAGAGGCUCCAGCCACUCUUUGACAACGAGUCCUGGUAUGUGCGACAUCUCUCCGUCAGCAUCUUUAAAGAGGUGAUAGAGCGUGUACCAGAUGAUGGAAAAAAGCCGCUGAAGACGCUUGUGCACCAGAGCCUGCUCCCCCUGAUCUUCCACGUGUUUGAUGAGAACAAGGCCGUGGCAGCGACCUGUUGGGGUACCCUUCUGCGAGCUACCCCGUUGCUGAAGAAGGAGAAGCUCAGGCAGGCGGUGGCAAAGGAUCAGCGGAUAGAGGCGAUCGGCGAGUGCCUGCUGGUAGAGUGCCGCAGCAGAGCAGCAGAGUACCUGCGUCAGACCCUGACGUAUAUGCAGAGCCCACAGGACUCCAUACGAGAGGCAGCCGUCGCGUUCCUUGGGGUCCUUGGGCAGCACAUGAGGGCUCAGCCGGAGAAGUUCCGGCUCAUCUACCACACCGUUCAAGGCGCAAUAAACGACAAGGGCCCCUACGUCCAACGCCAGGCAUUUCGCACUCUGCCCCUGCUCAGAGCUGCAGCGGCAAGUGGCUCCUCCAGAUCCAGGCUGCAGCAACUGCAGAGCCAACUCCGCCAGGCGUGGAGGAGGCGGCGGCCUUCUCUCUGGGGCAAUGGCUGGCUGUGCUGCUGCGGCUCCGCACAGGACUGAUCCCAGCACCGCCAUGUGCUCUUCCUUGAUUAAACAGUUUAUUGAGUGUCUGAACCUGCAGAUCUCGAGUUACUGCUCUUCUGCCCUUCUGUCUCCAACCAGUGGGUCUUGCUUUGGUCCCCAGUGUCCCCAGGGCGUGGGAGAAGAAGAGAAAAAGGGUUCUUGUGCUCUGCAACAGUCACCCAGGCAUGCAGUGUGGCAGCAAAAGUGACCAAAACCACUUUGCCCUUUGCCUCAUCUGCUGAAGCCUCUAAUGCUUCCGACAAAGCCCUUGCGCAGAGCCCAGAGUUGUGGGGAUCCCUGAAAAACUUGUCCUGGGAGAUGUCCACAAAUACUCUUCCAGCCGUGACCUGCCAUUUGCUUCUUGCUGACGGGAUAGUUGAGGGGUCCGAGUUGCCUCUUUAACUGGCUCCGGUUUCCUGUUUCCAGGCAAAAUGCUGCCAUUUUUGUCAAAAUCAGUGAUUACAAUUUAUUUUGUUUUUCAGAGGGAGCUGUUACGGCAUUCUCUCCAGAAUUUGAAAUUUAGUUUUGAUCUCCUCUACCUCCUAUGCUCUACACAUUAUGUUUUGUCAAUCUACAGGUUUUUAUCCUUUGUUUCUGCACAAGUGUUUCUCCCAGCUCUAGGAAAUGUCCCAAUGCUC